UUGGCUGUUGCAUGACCAGAGAGAGAGAGAGAGGAGGGAAGAGUGACUCUGCUGGGAAGUAGAAACCCUCUCAGAAGGAGGUGUGACUCGUGGGCUCACCCGUCGACGGAGGAGCAGCUCCUUCAUGUGUGGACGGAAAGGGCUGACCUGAGUCGACCGAUUACAGCAGAACUCAGCCCUAAAAAGUGAUAGUUUGAUUGGAGGCUCGGGAGCCUUGCUGACUUAAUCUGAAACCAGGUCAACUCUGUUUAGAAGUCUGACCAGGUGGAUGGAAGAUCAGCCGAUCAGUUUCCCACCUGAUGAAGUGACCUGAAGCCUGAUUGGAAAGUCUUACUCCUUUGACCCCCUUACUGACUGAUCUGACACUUGUUUGGUUGAGCCUGACUCAAGGCUGGGAAAUCCCAAUCAACUGAUUGGAAGCCUAUCUUCUCUGACACCUGAUUGGACGCCUGAUCAACUGAUUAGAGGCCCAGCUGAUUGACUGAUUGACUGAUUGACUGACUGACGAUGAGUGGAGCAGGGGACGUGGUGUGUGAGGGCUGGCUGCGAAAAUCACCACCGGAGAAAAAGCUACGCCGUUAUGCGUGGAAGCGGCGGUGGUUCGUGCUGCGAAGCGGGCGGCUGAGCGGAGAACCGGACGUCCUGCAGUACUACAAGAACCAACAGUCCCGCCGGCCAAUCAGGACCAUCAACUUGAACCUAUGUGAACAGGUGGAUGCCGGCCUUUCUUUCACAAAAAAGGAGCUGGAGAGCAGCUUCGUUUUCGACCUGAGGACGGAGGAGAGGACCUGGUACCUGGUGGCCGAGUCUGAGGAGGACAUGAACCGCUGGGUGUCCUCCAUCUGCCUGCUCUGUGGCUUCAACCCGACUGAUGACGUUCCAGAGAGACCUCCUGUCUCUCGCCCAUCCUCUGUCACCGCGAUGACCCCAACCAGUGGCAAUGCCACCGUCACCACGGUAGCAGGGUCAGUCCCACCUCCCUACGACCCGGUGAGUGUGCGACCCCUGGAGCCUGACGGCCACACAGAGGAAGACUACCUGUGGUUAUCACACUGCCAGAGUCACAUCAGGCCUCCUUUAGGUUCCUGGCCCUCUCUUGAAACCGAAUACAACGACAACCUCUACCCUCCUCCAUCUGCCACCUCCUCUUCCUCUUCCUCUUCCUCCUCUCCUUCCCUCGUUCAAAAUGGACUCCAACCUCAAUCUUCCUCCUCUUCCUCCGGCCUUAGGACGGCUCCAUGGACAAUUGGUUCGAUGACAGGUCCUCUCAGCCAGUCUCUGGAUGCCAGCAUGACCUCUGACCUCCAGAAGCGAGCAGGCAGAACUCGUUGUCACCCCUCUCCUCACCCCAGGAAGCACUCCCUGGAUUUCCACCUGCGUCCUGUGGCGAUACCUCUCAGUGAUGAUACACACUUCAACGUGCAUCCAAAUAUGCACUCAUACACCACCAGCGGUUACCAGAUCCCCCGCCCAGCAUCCACCCCGCAACCACACCCCCCUCACCGCCUGUCCUCUACCCCAAGUGUGGACUCUCUGACCCAGGGGGAGCUCAAUGCCUCCACUCCGACUCCUCCUCCACGCCCGCCGAAGCCCCCGGCGAUCGCAGCCCAGGGAGAGAGCUCAUCUGUGGGCACGGGACCUGCCACGCUUCCCCGAUCCACCUCAGAGCCGGACAGGAGGGAUGGAUGUGUGGAAGGAGGAAGUGGAGGUCUUCCGAGGAGUAACACUGUCUCUAUACCAGGACGCACGCAGAUGGGUUGUGAGUCUUUUCAUAUCCCUCGGUCACUGUCUGACAGAGCGAGCAUGUUUGAAUUCAGCGAGAGCUUCAACAGUUACUUUUUUAAUAAAGGCAUGGUACCUCUGGGUAGUGUUUGCUCCGAAGAUGAUGACGUGGAUGAGAACUACGUUCCCAUGAGCGCUGCCACCACUGAGCCUCCUGUUGCACCGAGGGUGCCUCCACCUCCUCCCUCUGACUCCUUUGUCCAACUCCAAGAUGGCAACUACGUCCCCAUGACCCCCCUGGCUCCUUCCCUUGCCACAGGUGACAUGGCGUCCCUGGGAAGGAAAGUGCCUCCACCCGUCCACAUGAGCUUCCGUAACUCCGCUCUGACUCCAGUGGCUCCCCUUACCCCGCCGCUCCGGAGGAACACGAUGAACGCUGCCAGUGGAACAGAGGUCGAAGCCAUGCCCCCUCCGAUCCACCGCAACCUGAAACCACAACGCAGAGGGAUUUGUGUCAGUCAGCCUGUGGAGAGAAGCAGUGGACAGCCUGCCGGAGAGCCAACACACAAAACGAGAGUGAAACCAGCUCCCCUGGACAUCACAUCGGUGCAGCAGGACUGGCAGGAGGUCCCGCCCCCUGUCCGCUCACCUGUCACCAGAACCUUCACACGAGAUCCGUCCAGCCGUCGGUCAGUCAGGCCGAGCUCUUCUCACAGCUCGUCCCCCUCCUCCGACUCAGAUGACCCCGAUGACAACUACGUUGCCAUGACGACCUCCAGCCUCAGUUUCAGCGCUGGGGAGCCGGCUCUGAGACUUAUGCUGCACCGGGCUUCAGAGGGCGGAGUCAGCAGCCCGUUGCUACGGAGAGCCAGAGGUGACAAACAGGUGGAGUACCUGGACCUGGACCUCCACACUGGGCGAUCGACACCAACCAGACAGAAACGAUGCACGGCGGAAGGCGGAAGCGGCGGCAACCAGCAGGCCGGAGCUGGCGAGGAGCGCGCACGGGGUGAACGUACGCGUGUGGACUACGUGGUGGUGGACCCCAAAAGAACCAAGGCCCUGAGGAACACCAGGGAAGCAUGGCAUGAUGGGAGGAUGUCCACAGAGAAGGAGAAAUGCUAGAAAUCCACAAAUACACACACACACACACACACAGUUCAAAAAAUGCUUCUUAAUCACCUUUGUGGUUAUUACAGAAAGAAAAAGAUUUACUCCUUCUCAUUUACUAAUUGUUGGUGCCACUUUACAAUAAAAUGAAAUUCUCAAGGGUUUAUAAGUUGUAACUAAUGCUUCACCAGUGUUUAAAAAAAACAUCCUAAGCAAAUAAAGACAGGGAGACGAAAUGAUUUUAGGGUGGAAACGAUAAAACUGGGAGUAUUUUGCAUUUUUGUUGCUGUCAACAACAAACAUCCCAUGGAAAGACCACAAAUAUAUAGUUUAAAUCUGAAACGAGGCUGGUCCUUUUGAUGGGAUUUGUUGACAGUAGUCAUAAAUAGAUUUCGGUGGGUGUCUUCACCUUGUCGGACAGCCGUUUCGGCCAGUUACACUCCCACCAUUAGUCAACGCUACGGUAGCAACUUAUAAACCCUUCUUCCGCUACUCUUCCGGUGGCAGCCACUCGCUCGUCCCGCAUCGGCGCCCUGCAUUUGAACCAAAACUGGAUUUUCUCCCUCCCGUGAGACGACAGCAGCGGCGAAGCAGCAUUAAAGCCACAACAAGAGAAAGCUGACAGUGACGUAGUAGACUCCGUGGCCACGUCUGAAAGCUGUUUAGCCUCACGACUGAGGUUGGGAACCUUUAGGUUCCCAACAGGGAACCUAAAGUUCCACAGAGCUGUUAUUUAACUUUAUUUAGUCAGGUAGUCUCACUGAGAUCAAGAUCUGUAAGAGUCAAAAUUAAAAAAAAAAAAUACCAAGGUCAUGAGUCCAGCAGAACCCAACCCACUGUGGAAACUGUUGACUAGCCCCUAUCCAAACUCUUGUUUGAUUCUUUCUUUAAAUCACAAACUUUCACACCUAUUUGUCAUUUUAGUGUUUUCUCUCAGUCCAUUGUUGCCUAAAUGUUGUAUCAAAAACCUUCUCUGCACUGGUGUAGAACACUGAAUCCCUUUUAUUUCAAUUCCCUAAUUAAUUCCAAGUAAUCUUGGUCUACAAAAUGUCAAAAUAAGCCUUUAGCAGCCCAGCAUGUGUAAUAUGAGUGCAACCAUGGAGCGUAAACGCCUUUUCAUGCCGUCAAACCCUCCCGGAUUCCCAGAAGUAUUAUACACGUUGUUAUAAAGAGGCCUCAUGUUUUGUACGAAACCUACUGCUGAGAACAACCAGUCCGUUUAAAACUCAAGUCACGUGUUGGUACUCCUACAGCUAUUUGAUGACAGAGACGGGCUGGUGUGACAGCAGUAACUGCUGUAUUGUGUAAUCGGCUCUAGUGAAACUGAAAGUUAACGACGACAAGCUCAGAGGUUUUCCCCUGCGCUGCUUUAGAUGAUGAGGAAAGAUGUGUUUUUUUUUUGUUUUUGUGUUUUGAAGAGAGGAUUUCCUCAGUGAGUUCGUCAUUUUCACUCAGGCGGAUCAUUGCCAAGAACAGAUGUGUGACGAUACAUUUACCCAUAGCACUGCAGACACGAUUGUACAACAUAAAAUCCGCUAACAUGACCUUCAAUCCAGCUUCACGUAGACAGAGAAAAUGAGGAUUCAAGUGGAGCAAUUACGUUAUUUCUUCCUCCAGAGCAUCUUUGCCUCUAAGAAAUGUAGAAAUAAAAAAAAACAAUGAUCACGGGCUCUUUGAAUUUCUCCUUCAGGAAUGAAAAACCUUAAGAAUAUAUUUUUGAAAUAGCCUAGAAUUAGCUUUUAUCUUACUGGUGCAAACGCAGCACUUCUUACAGCGAGUUCAGUUUCCAAAAAAAAAAAAAAUCCCAUCAGCACAAAUCCGCCAGCAGUCAACAAUAACUGCUGAAUAUUAGUCUGUCGGUACUUUAUUUUUCUUCCCAACAGCAAACCAAGCAUCUGUCAGAGCUCUGUUACGUCAAACACCGGGUUCCCUGCUGAAAUAGUGAAAAAUGUGGUGGAGCCUGGGACGAAGCAGAUUUUCUGAUGAUUAACAAAAUCAGAGUAACGUCGUAAUUUUCCAACGUGAUCACCCUGCAAGUGAGUGUGUCACAUCAGAUCUGUCCACGUGAUGGUUGCGAUCUUACUGCUGAAUGAUUUCAUUGAUUCUGUGAGGGGGGGGGGUGAUUACAGUGUUGACUUUCCAACAGCGAAUAAAUGAAUAAACACUA